GGGAUCAGAGCGGUGCGCGGGGCUGGUCCUGUCCCGAGCGGAGUGCGCGUCCAGUGGGGGCUUCGUCUGCGUCUGUCCCGGGCUCCAGUGCACUUUCCCCCGCUUGUUCUUCUCUUGACAGCGGCGUGUGGAGCGGAUACAACACUGUGAAACAAGAUGGACAUCGAAAAAGAAGUGAAAAAGAUGACGCUGGGACAUGAGUUCGGGGCUGGAGCUUUGUGUCUUAAAUGUAAAGACAAAUGUGAAGGCUUCGAGCUGCACUUCUGGAGGAAGAUCUGUCGUAACUGUAAGUGCGGCCUGACGGAGCACGACGUCCAGAUGGAGUCAGAGGAAGACAAGAAAGUGGGAAAACUAUUCGAGGACACGAAGUACACAGGUCUUAUUGCCAAACUAAAGCGUGACGGGAUCCCAGGACAGCAGUCCAAGAUGUCUAUGACCAUCAGUGUCCCAGCCUCCUCCAUGGCCCACAUCGUGCCCCCCUCCCUGGGCACCUCCUCCCUGGUGCCCCCCUCCCAGCUCCACCCAAACGCCUCUCCCUCCAGCUCUGGCUACUCCUCCGUCAGCUCCUCCACGGGCUCCAUCCCCGGGGCUGUGGCUGGUACUGGGUCUGGUGCAGGAUCUGGGCCAGGUUUUGGGUCUACAGGCGGUCCCGGGUCUGUUGGAGGAUCUCAACCAGGUUUUGGGUCUUCAGGAGGUCCAGGGACUACAGCAGGAUCUAGGCCAGGUUUUGGGUCUCCCGGAGGUCCAGGGUCUGUUGGAGGAUCUCAGCCAGGUUUUGGAUCUUCAGGAGGUCCAGGAUCUAUAGGAGGAUCUGGACCAGGUUUUGGGUCUGCUGGUGGUCCAGGGUCUACAUCAGGAUCAGGGCCAGGUUUUGGGUCUACAGGAGGAAGAGGGCCAAGUUUCGGUUCUUCAGGAGGUCCAGGGUCUGCUGCCGGAUCCGGGCCAGGUUUUGGGUCUACAGGACGUCCGGGUUCCACAGGGGGUCCAGGUCUUGGUCCUGGGGGGGUCUCAGUGAAUCUAACCCCAGUCAAGGCCAGUGCGAUGCCGGUCUCUGUCUCCUCUUCAUCGUCUUCUGUGGAGCAGGUUCCUAAAGACACUCCCAUGAAGUCUGUGACCUUCGAGUGGGCUCCUCCCGUCGCCAACAAACACGUGGCGAUCCGUUACAUCGAGCUCCUCCCCCCCGAGAGGCGCCCCAUCGCAGGUACUCCAGGCGCGGCGUACCGGAGGCAGCAGAUGGCCAAACAGCUCCCGGAACACGACCAGGAUCCAAACAAGUGCCACGAUCUGAGCCCGGCCGAGGUCAAGCAGAUGCAGCAGUACGUGCGGAAGUACAAGGACGAGGCUCUGGGGGUGGGCGAUGUGUGUCUGCCCCAAGAGGUGGCACAGGCCGCAGGUAGAGGAGAGCUGGGUGGUGGGGUCGGACCUGGAGGUGCUGGAGCUGGAGCUGGGUCUGGACCAGGAUCUGGACCAGGAUCUGGGGAAGGGCUCGGAGGAGGGAGUGUGGGGACAGCAGCCGCAGCAGGAGCAAUCGGAGCUGGAGGACAACAAAACUUUACGUGUCAUCAGUGCCGUGGGCCAAUGAGAGUGGGCGACCCUGCCGUGUACGCGGAGAGGGCGGGCUACGACAAAAUGUGGCACCCAGCGUGUUUCGUCUGCGUCACCUGUCAGGAGCUGCUCGUCGACAUGAUCUACUUCUGGAAGAAAGGGAAGAUGUUCUGCGGCCGUCACUAUGGCGACAGCGAGAAGCCGCGCUGUGCCGGCUGUGACGAGCUGAUCUUCAGUAACGAGUACACUCAGGCCGAGGGGCAUGACUGGCACCUGAAGCAUUUCUGCUGCUUCGAAUGCGACUGUGUUUUAGCCGGAGAGACGUACGUGAUGGAGGAGGAGAAACCAGUGUGUAAGCCCUGCUACAUGAAGAACUACGCUAUGAAAUGCUCUUCGUGUCAGUCCCCCAUAGAACCAGAGGCUCAGAGAGUGUCCUAUGGCGCCCACUGCUGGCACGCUCAGCCCGAGUGCUUCCAGUGCUCCGGCUGCUCCCAGUGCCUCAUGGGAAAACGCUUCAUGGCCGUUCAGAACCACCUCUUCUGCUCCGUCGAAUGCAAGAAGAAAAUCAUCACCUAAAAAUCACCAACAAACAAAUAAACGUCAACAAUGAAUCAGGACCAAACUGGAAUCGGGCGCAGUGGUGACUUUAGGAUUUUAAAACACGAUGAUGACACAUAUUAGGCGGGUUGUGUUGGGGAAGCAGAGCAAUAACGUCUUGAAUGCAGGAAAAAAAUAGUUCAUACAAUCCCCAAACAAAAACACAUCUCUAUUCUUCUGUUAGUGCGUAUUUAGUACUGUAGAACCAGGUAACGCUGUUUCUUGUUCACUUUUGUAUUUUCAGCCUUUUCCUCAGGUCUCUUUCUAGUCACUGUUUUCUACUUAUAAUUGAUUAGCAUUUUUAUGUUUUUUUACAAUAAUAUUUUGCAGUUUCAAAUCAUUUUUCUAUCAUUUUUACUUCUGAAAUAAUACAAGAUCUCAGUAUUAAAUAAAAAAGACUUCCAAGUUCUUCCAAAUCAGUGUUGAAUGUAAAACCGAACCGUUUUCCAUAGAAAUAAAACUAAAAUGAUUGUCUCUUCUAAACUGCUGUAGUGCUAAAAACAGCCAAUAAACUGCACUUUGGAAUUA